UUCCAUCCGCCGUCGAGUGCGCAACGUCAAACUUCGAUCUCCCACGGUGGGCUUUCUUCACCUCUCGGUUGUGUUGUCGGAUGUUUGGCAUCCCGCGGAUCCAUCCAACUCUGCAGUGGACGCGCAGAUUCCUUUUGUCGCGUUAGGAGUGCUUCGGAAGCCUCGGACCCAGAGCAGCUGUUGUUGAUGCUGUGAAGCGGUCGCGCAAAGUCGUUCACCGGAACAUAUUAAAAAAAAGGUGGCUUCGGUCGUUGUUGGUGGCUCGAGAGCUUGGAACCAACACGAAAACAGCAAGUGUGUUGCAUCCGCCGCCAUUGCAAAGAUCCCACAAGCGAAAAAAAAGGGUUCGAGGUCACUUUUCGACACUUCGAUCCGCGCAAGUGAACAUAGGAACGCAAAGCGCGCUCGUCAAAUUGACGUCACGGAAACAACAAAACAGAAAAGUGUAAUUCAUUCGCGCACCGGAAUCUCGCAAGGAAGCAGUUUCGUCGGAGGAAAUAAAGGUUUGUGCAGACAGGCAACAGAUCAGGUGAAACAGUGUUUGCGACCCUUUACGUGUGGGUAAAGUUCAGUGUUCCUUUCGGAAGAGAAAAAUUGUGCAAUAAUUGUGCGCAUCUUACGUUGUGCUAAAACAUCUUUCGAAGCAAACACACACACGAAAUCGGUAUAUUCUAGCACAUUUGUUCAGGUGCAGCGCGCUCUUCUGCGAGAGGCGAGAUUAAAUCCACCCUCCAUCGCUAUCUGCCUUCUUCGACGUAACCGGACGAUAACGGCUCCAUCAUUAUCGCCAUGAGACAAAUCGGAAUUGAGGUCGAGGAUCCGUUGAAGCGGAUACAGGAGGAAAUCAACGAGGUGGCGAGACGCGAACAGGAGCUCCGUGAAGGACACCGGACGGGUUCGGGCGAACGAAACGGAAUGGACCUGAACGACGACAGCCUCUCGUCGACGUCGGGCAAUUCGGACGACUCGGGUCUGUCCCUUUCGCCGACACCGGUCCACUCGCCCUCGGUGUCCAACCUGAAGGACAAGCUGGAGCAGAACGGCAAGGACCACGACGAGCCGGUGCGCUUCGGCAGCCACCAGCCCCGCGCCACCCAGCAUGCCACCAGCAACGGAAACGCCAACGGCGACUCCGACAUUACUGACGCGCCGGUCCUCGGAGGUGCCGCCGGACGGCAAUACCAUCUCCCGCAGGCGAAGGCCCUCACGCGGGCCCGCUCCACGCCGCAGCUCUUCCACACGUCGGCCCCGACCCGGCGCUUCAAUCCGAACCCGAACCAGCGCGGCAUCAUGCAGAAGUUCAUCGCUUCCCGCGGCCGGCUCAACAAACUGGCUGCCGGCGCUGCCGCCACCGCCGCCGCCCAUGCCAACACACCCCAGUUGACGGUCGCGUCCAGCACGAAAGCGGACCCAAUUGUGCCUUCACUUGAUUUGAGCCGCUCCCAUAUGAUGAUGUUGCCGACGGCCAUUUCCACGCCGCCAGUCAUCGAGAGGGACCAGAACGGAAAGCCGAUCCGGCGCGGCUACGUGCCGGUGGAGGAGAAAAUCCAGCGCGAGCUGCGCGAUCUAAAGACGCGCGAGUGCGAACUGAAGCGGAUCCGCAAGCUGAACCGAAACGCAUCCCAAUCCGAUUUGCUGGAUAUGAACUACGACACAUUCGAAUCCAGCGAGGAACUCUCGGACGAGGACAACACGGACGAACCGAUCUAUCCGCUGGCGAGUAAGCUUCGGUCGACCAAAUCGAUCAGCGAACUGUGCGACGCCUUGACCAACUCUAGUCUCUCGCCGAGGGAAACACCUUCGCCACUGUUCGAAAGCCGCACGAGGAUUGGUAACGGAUGCGGAGGCGGUAUGCGACCGGCCAUGUCCCUCGCCCAGCUGUGCGAUCUCGACCCGGAGGAGGCGCCCUCGUCGCACAAACUGAUCGCCCAAUGGGAAAGUCUCAUCCAGCAGAAGCAGCAGCGAUAAAGUGCGCGAAACAAAUGGUGCAGGAAAGGAAAACCGACUGAAGUUCUGGAGCAAAACUGGCGAACAAGGGGGAAAAUGGGGCGCAAGAGGGUUGUGAAGAGGGGAAAAUGUGGAAAACUAAUCUUCACCGAUUGUGUUAACUUAGCGAGUGUGAUUUUUCUUGUUUGAUUUUCUUUCAACGUGAAGAUGCACUUUCGAUGUAGAAUGCUCUUUUAUAUAAUUUUAUUAUUUUUUCUAUCACCAUCUUUUUCUGAUUUCCUUUUUCUAUUCUUGCCACCUAUUUUGUUUGAGUUUUGGCUUUUUUGUGUCUUAUUUAUUGGUUUUACUGUAAUAGUUUCCAAUUGCAUCGCAUCAUCGCGUGAGGCCUAGAGGGCGGUUAAUUAAUCUAAGCAGUGUGAAGAGCACCCAUUAUUUAAUUUGCCUAUAUUUUUCUUCAUCGAGAAUAGAUCCUUCUUGUUUUACAAAAUCACUUCAAAGACAAGGAAAAAUUAUACCAAUGUGAUUAAAGAAAAAAACACAAAGAAAAUUUUGCAUGAUGAUCAACAAACAUUGUAUAACUUUUUCUUGAUGCCCGUGAUCAAAAAAUGUCCACGAUCAAUACGUCUUACUCAGACAUCCUAAAAUCCGCUCAAAUUGUUAUUACUGUUAAAAUAUAAACCAAUGGAGGAUUUAUUUAUGGUGCGCCGCGUCCUAUCGUAUACCGGAAGUUGAAAACCACCAAGUCGCGCCUAUCAACACAUCUAAUAAGUUAAAGUUAAACGUACGAUAUAGUGGAUAGCCGCUUGUAUUAUAUACAUAUUAUAUACAUUUAUGAAACGUUUUAUAACAUAAACAUACGAACGUUUAAAAAUAAAUCGAUAUCAGCCGA